CCAUCUAAACUUUCGCAUUUAUAGUAUUAGUAUGAUUAAUUUAACUAGAAGCUAUAAUUUCAAUUGCAUUCACAAACUAGAAGACGAAAUAAAGGACUUUCCAAAACAGCAUGAUUUAUCUCUUCUUACUUCCAUCACCUGUAUUACAUGAUAAAAGAUGAUUUGUUACUUAAAUUCCAAUCAUAAAUAUGCACUGUAUAAAUGAAAACAAUAUAAACGCUUAUCAUGAUGGUUUAUCAGAAUUUAUUUAUUGCUUUUAAUUAACGGUGGGCUGAAGCAGUAGUGGGCGAUAGAAAAAUCAGCCACUCCAUGAUGUAUGUCAUAUACACAGACUUUACGUAACGUGAGGCGUCGCGAUGCGGCGCAGUCAUUCGGUCCCAGACCCAGUGUAGAACGGACGUAUCGGAAAUUCCACAUUUAGUUCCCGCUAUCAAGCAUAUCAGACAAAAAUACGGCAUUGCGACGCUGUAUUAUUUCACUCACAGUAUUCAAAAUAAACAAUUCAAUAUGCCAGAUAAAAAAUAUGUUCUUGGCAUGGAUAUUGGCACGACAUCAGUGAAAGUGUGCGUCUACGAUCCAAAAACUAAGGAAAUAAUCGCGAAACAGAGUAAGGACACCGCAGCGAAUAUACCAAGCGAUCAAGGCAUAGAAGGGAACAAACAGGAUGUUCCUAAAAUAGUGUCAGCCGUACAUUACUGCGUGUCCCGGCUUCCGAGGGAUGUUCUACGACAUGUCACGAGAAUUGGCGUCUGUGGUCAGAUGCACGGAGUCGUCUUAUGGAAUAACGGGGCAUGGGAAAAGGUAGAAAAAGAAGGAGUAGUCAUGCGUUAUGAAGCUACAAGAGAAAAAAUGUCCGCCUUGUAUACAUGGCAAGAUACAAGGUGUAAGCCAGAAUUUUUAGAGUCAUUACCAAAACCUGAUUCACAUUUAAAUUGUUGCUCUGGAUAUGGUUGUGCAACAUUAUUAUGGAUGCUACAUAAUAAGCCGGAGAAACUGAAGAGCUUCACACAUUCAUCAACAGUUCAAGACUUCGUAGUAGCAAUGCUCUGUGAUUUAAAAGAUCCAGUUAUGUCAGAUCAGAAUGCUGCCAGCUGGGGUUAUUUUAAUACAGAAAAAAAUGAAUGGAAUCAUGACAUUCUUAAUUCAAUUAACUUUCCUACUAACCUUUUGCCUAAAGUUGUUAAAAGUGGUGAAAUUGCUGGAGUACUGAGUGAAUCUUGGAAUGGUAUCCCAGAGGGAACUCCUGUCGGUGCAGCUCUAGGAGAUUUACAAUGUUCAAUUAUUGCAACAUUAGAAAAUAGAGAGGAUGCAGUUUUGAAUAUUUCAACUUCUGCUCAACUUGCUGUUGUUGUUAACGGUAUUCAAGAUGUUGGAUGUAAGACUGUUGAACACUUGCCUUAUUUUAACAAUACUUACUUACUAGUAGCCGCAUCAUUAAAUGGAGGCAAUGUACUCGCCACAUUUGUAAAAAUGCUUCAACAGUGGAUGCUUGAAUUUGGAUUUCCUAUACCACAAUCAAAAGUUUGGGAAAAACUUAUUGCUCUUGGCUUAGAAGCACCUACAACAUCUGCCAUGAAAAUUUGCCCACAUUUAUUGGGAGAAAGACAUGCACCUGCUUCUAAAGCAGCCGUUGAAAACAUUGAUCUUUCAAAUAUUCAAUUGGGCUGUGUUUUUAAAUCUCUAUGUGAUAGUAUUAUAGACAAUUUACAUAUAAUGAUGCCGAAAAGGAUAUUACAAAAUGCAAACAUUAAAAGGAUUGUAGGCAAUGGAUCCGGGUUGUCUCGGAAUGCUGUGUUACAAAGAGCAGUAGAACAUUUCUAUAGUCUGCCAUUAGAAUUUACAUCAGGUGGAGAUGCUGCCAAAGGCGCUGCUAUUGCUGUCUUGGAAUCUGAAUAAAUUAUGCGUGUUCCUAAUUAUAUCAAUUUAAAAUAUAUCUUUACUUCCCAAUUUAAACACAUAUUUUAUCAGACCUAAUAUAAAGGACCAUAAAUAUGAUUAUGUUAAUAUUUUGUUUGUAUUGUGUAUAAUAUUUACAUACUGAUUUCUACUGUGAAAAAUAUACGCAAAGUAUCACAU